CCCCCUUCCUUCACCCUCCCUCGUUCCCCUUUCCCUCAGGGACGGACUUGAACUAGGCCGCGUUCGCAGCCUCGGCCUGGCGUAGCGCGUCGACCCGGGCGAUGACUACGAGGGCGGCAGCGCUGCUGUUGCUGAGGCGGGGUCCCCGCUAGGCGAAAGGAGGAAGAGGCAGCCGCUGUCGCCGCCGCCAUGCCAGCCAAAAGGAAGCUGGUACCGCCGGCCCUCAACAUCACCCCCACCAUCGCCGAGGGACCCAGCCCCACCGGGGGGGAGGGCGACGGCUCCGAAGCACAUCUCGUUGACCUCCAGAAGAAACUGGAAGAGCUGGAGCUGGAUGAGCAGCAGAAGAAGCGGCUGGAAGCAUUUCUCACUCAAAAAGCCAAAGUUGGAGAGCUGAAAGAUGACGACUUUGAGAGGAUUUCGGAGCUGGGAGCUGGCAAUGGCGGGGUGGUCACCAAAGUACAACACAAACCCUCAGGGCUAAUCAUGGCACGGAAGCUGAUUCACUUGGAGAUCAAACCUGCCAUCCGAAACCAGAUCAUCCGUGAACUCCAGGUGCUUCAUGAGUGCAACUCCCCAUACAUAGUUGGUUUCUAUGGCGCCUUCUACAGUGACGGGGAGAUCAGCAUCUGCAUGGAGCACAUGGAUGGAGGCUCUCUAGAUCAGGUUUUGAAAGAAGCCAAAAGAAUUCCAGAGGAAAUCUUAGGGAAAGUCAGCAUAGCGGUUCUGCGUGGAUUGGCUUACUUGCGAGAGAAGCACCAGAUCAUGCACAGAGAUGUGAAACCAUCCAACAUCUUGGUGAAUUCCCGGGGAGAAAUUAAACUCUGUGAUUUUGGGGUCAGCGGUCAGCUCAUCGAUUCCAUGGCGAAUUCUUUUGUGGGCACUCGAUCCUAUAUGUCCCCUGAACGUUUACAAGGCACUCACUAUUCAGUCCAAUCUGACAUAUGGAGCAUGGGCCUCUCCCUGGUGGAGCUGUCAAUUGGACGGUAUCCCAUCCCCCCACCUGAUGCCAAGGAACUGGAAGCUAUAUUCGGCCGGCCUGUGAUCGAUGGGGCAGAGGGGGAGACCCACAGCAUCUCCCCGCGGCCCAGACCCCCAGGACGUCCUAUUAGCGGCCACGGGAUGGACAGUCGGCCCGCAAUGGCCAUCUUUGAACUGCUGGACUACAUAGUUAAUGAGCCACCUCCUAAGCUGCCGAAUGGGGUUUUCACUCAAGACUUCCAGGAGUUUGUAAAUAAAUGCUUAAUUAAAAACCCUGCUGAACGGGCAGAUCUGAAGAUGCUGAUGAAUCACACCUUUAUCAAACGCUCCGAAGUGGAAGAGGUGGAUUUUGCUGGCUGGCUUUGUAAGACGCUGCGACUGAACCAGCCCAGCACUCCCACCCGCACUGCCAUGUGACCACCAAGCAAACGGCCUUCUUCUCCCCCCCUUCGUGCACCUGCUUGUCUGCCAUCAUUCACUGCCAUUCAGCAGAAGAACCACCCUUCUUUGCCCGCCUUCUCUUCUGUGCUCCAGAACGGCAAAGCACCAGUAGUUUUGGAAACCACCCAAUCCUCCUACAGCAAGAGCGGAAACCAGCUUGCUCCAUUUCGUUCCCGUUUUGCUGCUUGCUUUCAUUUCCCAGGCCUGCAGCUUAAUGCUGCUCAAAGCCUUCUGACUUGGGGGGGGGGGGUGCUGUAAAAGUGCUGCUGCUUCUUGUCAGGUUGUGUCACCAGGUUUGGGGGUGGGGGGGUCGAGUAAGCUGUCAGGACAAGCCAACUGCCUCAUUUGUACACUUGUUCUUUGGGGAGGGGUACCCUAGGAUUUGAUGGCUUUCAGCAGGUGCUGCAGAUGAGUGAAUAUAUUACCAUAAGGAGUGGCCAGGGCAAAGGUGGGCAGAUUACCAAACGGUGUGCCUGUUUGAUCUGCGUUGACAGAGGAAUGGAAGACUGGAGCCUGGUUGCUUCCUGGAGCCUGCCCAGAGAGGGGUGGGGGCAUAUUGCAGGAGUGCCGUGAGAUUAAGGAAGUUUGCAGAUGAUGUUUCUGUGCUCGGUGGGCAAAAGGCCAGCAGUGGGCUGCUUCACAUCCUCCCUCCUUCCCUGUUUUGUACACUCAGUUUCUUACAUGGAAGCGGGACUUUAAUUUUGCUUGUCAUUUGGGGAGUCUGCUUAAGGGCAAAAGUACCCAUUUUUUCCUCAUCCCCCCCCUUGCACUCUGGGAACUGUGGUUAUUAUCCUGUCAUCUGCGGGGGGGGGGCACAUGGUACUGCCUCAGAGCCCCAUUUCCUUCCUGUUCUCGCCUGUUCAGCACUCUAUGUUGUAGUGCUAUGUUUCUGAAAUCACUUGUACUGCUAAUUUAUUAAACAGAAAGGGGAAUAGGCUGGGUCAGAAUUCCUUUUUGAGUCAUUGAGCAGGGAAGAGAAUCUGAGCUGCAGUGUCUGGGUCUCCCAGCAUCCGCAGCAGUGACCUUACCUUCUCUCUGAAAAGCAAAUGUGGUCAAUGUACCCCGUUCUUGGGUACUGCAGCUCCGCCUGGGAGUAGUAGCUCUUGAUGUCAGUCUGUUCCUACCUUUUUAUGCGCUGUGCUGCACUUCUAUGAGUGCGCUUACAAUGCACUCAUUCUGCGCCUGAUGCUCCAGGUCCCUCUCGCUCGGCACAGUUCUCCAUAGCUCAGAGAGUACUUAACAUCUACCAGCAGCUGAAGCAGAUGAAAUCUUUUGGAACUUUCAAAAAAGGGGUGGGGCAUGCGCAUGCCCUGGUGGGUACCACUUGUGGCGUUUGGCUGUGGCUGACUUUAAUAGUGGUUAGGGUUUCAGUUUUCCCCCUCCCCCCAAGUCCCUAAUCCUGCUUGGAGUUGAUCCAGUCUAAUUACAGCUGUUCUUUCUCCCCCUAGUCUCCCCUUCCUUACGAUGUGUUGACCAAUACUGGGUUCUUAGAAGUGUCAUUAGUAAGACCCAAUUCACUUCCCUUGUCCAUUUAAAACAAAUCCCAAAUGACUUCCUUGAAGUAUUCUGGCAUAGAAUCUUCUUAUAUCGUUAGAGGGGGGGGAUUGGCAUACAUUUUUAAAAAAAAAUACUGGUGCCAACAUUGGAGAAGGAUAGCCAUACAAUUUUGAGUAGCUGCUUUCACUCAAGUAAAGGAAGCCCAGAACAGGAGGCUGAACCAGGUGUUCAUCUUUGAAAGCAGCUGCGGCACAGCUUGUUAGAGCAUCAAGUCACUCACUGUGGCCUGCCUUGUUCUUGUUGGAGGUGAGCGCAUUAGAUGCAAACUUCAUGCAGGCUGCCCCUUGCAGUAAGGCACAUUAUUUUCAUGGGCGGAAAGAUCAACAGGAGUCCAAGCAUACUGCAAGCUACCAUGUGCUGCAGCAGCUAACCCUUCCUGUGUUAGCCGUUGUGCUUGUUUCUACCCGUUCCUCAUCUAGUUAAGAAACCGGCUCUGGGGAUGCCUACGUGAAACAUCUUGUAAAAAGAAAUGGUUGUUCCAUGACUCACAGAGCCAUCUUUCAGGCCUAGUUUGGCAGCUGCAUCCUUCAGAAGGCGGAAGAGCCUGUGGGCAACUCUACACCUGUGCUUGGAGCAGCUGGGUAUCUUGCCUCCCAAACCUGACAACAGGACCAAAGCAGGCCCGAUAGUCAUCUUUGUCUGAGGGAGGCGGGGCCUGUGCUGACCAGCUUCUGUACCAUAAAUCUGUUGCAUGGCUGCUAGAAGUGAACUCCUUCAUCUUUUCUCUCCCUCUAUAUUUUCAAAGUGUAUUUCCCAAAGAUUUGGGGGUAUGUUAAUAAGUAAGUGGAAACUUGUGGUUUCCCCCCCCUUUGUUUGGUUACUUUAGUUUCAUCCAUGGAACAUAUGCCACAGUGAGGUAGCCACAGAACAACCUUUAACUCUAGGAUUGCAGCAUGGAUUGAGCAUCAUGCCCCUGGAUGACUUGAAAUGGUGAGAGCCUUGGUCUGCUUGGACGUGGGGUUCAAGACCAGCGAUAGAGCCCUCUCUAUCAUUUUCCUUAAGCCCAAACUUAAGUGCAAUUUGUUCUCCUGAGAAGCCUUGUGCGCCUUUUCUCUUUGAAUCUCUUACCGGAUGGGACGUGGAGGGGUAUUGAUAUGUCCUAGCAUAUUUGUGUCCCUCGUAGAGCAAGCCCUAUGCUAAAUGAUGACCUUGGUUAACAUGAAGUUGGGAUUGGCUCCCUGCCCUGAAUUUUCUGGAGUGGCCUGAGUUAAGGACAUUGCAAGCCCGCCCGCCCCCCCCCCCCUCUGAAUGUUCCCUUAGCUCCUGGGUGUCAUUCCCCCCGCCCCCUGCUUGCUGUCUCCUAGGAGCUGAAAGGUUGGGAACAAGCAGUACCUGUAAGCCAGUAUGGUUGGAUGCUCCACCUCAGACAAAACGGGAAUUUCCAAGAAAAAAUACUGUGGAGGUAAUAUUUGGGGCAGGGGAGGGAAAUCCGUUCCCCUUUGUUUAGUCCCUUUUUAUGCUGCUGAUCUGUGGGUGUUGGAAGAAAAUAUAAUAGAAUUGUGCUCCCCCCUUCCUUUUAUAUAGUACAAGUAGCUCAACCAUGAUCUUUUAAAGAAAACAUUUGAAGGCCUUUAUUUUUAACCUUGGAGUUACUCUCUUUGAUGUGAUUUCUACGGCACUCCAGAUAGGGCUUUGCUGUCUGCAUCUAUUCAGUGAAGCAGCAAGUGAAAAAGUUGGGAAAGGCUUUUGCAUGGAUCUCUUUUUUUUUUUCCCUGAAGAAUAUUCAGAAACCUUUUCUGAUCCUCUCGAUGGUCAGGCCAAAAAUAUGGGAUGUUCUGUUAGCGAAUCUUACAGGCAAUUUGUGAGAAGCAGCAGGAGAGCAGCCCUUUCGGCAGCUUUUUCACAAACCAGAAUUCGAAAUGCAUUUCUGCAGCUACGUUUUUUGUGAGUGGCAUUGACCAGUUUUACAAUUGAUACUUUAAUUCUCUCUUCCUUCUCCUCUCUGUGAGGGUGCAGUUGUUGUCUAUCAAGUGGAGUAACUCUUGAGGGUUUGAAUGUAUGAUAUUCAGUGUUUGAGUUAAAAGUUGUCAAUGAACCAGUGGGAUCAUGUGAUUUAAUUACUGUACUUUUUUGUGUUGCUUUGGAUAUAACAUGAAAAGAGGCUCUUGUUGGGGGUAUGUGGGGGGUUAUAUUACGUUUCUCUGCCUCUGUUUAAAUUAAAAAAGAGAAUAUUUAGUAUAACGUUCAACAGUUUAAAGUUUUUUUUUAAACAUAUUCCUUGCAUUUUUUGCGCUUUAGGGUUUUUUCCCCGUGUGUGCGCGCAUGUGUGUUUGUGUGUGCGCGCGUGUUGGGGGGAGACUUUAAGGAGAAUGUGUUAAGCAUUUUGAUGGUGCAAUUUUAAAAAAAAAAAAACCUCGAUAUUUUCAUCAUGGGGAGAUAAAAUAAAUGGCACUUUACAUUAAA